ACCUGUACGGCGGGGAGAAGUUUGCCACCCUGGCGGAGCUGGUACAGUACUACACUGAGCAGCAGGACCUGCUACGAGAGAGGAAUGGUGACGUCAUCGAGCUAAAGUACCCCCUGAACUGCAAGGACCCCACGUCCGAAAGGUAGUCUUAUCACCAGGCUCACAUCCUUUUUAAAAGGGGAAACCAGGGCUGAACUUGCCAUCUAGCGGUUAAGAUGCUUAAUGUCAUCAGUACCAAACAGAUGCUCUGCAGUUUAUACUGCACACCUCUGGGCACGGAGUUCAAGUAUCCGCCAUGUGUGUGGAGUUUGCAUGUUCUCCCCGUGUCAUUGUGGGGUUUCCUCCAGGUACUCCGGUUUCCCCCCACAGUCCAGAAACACGCUUAGGUUAAUUGGAGUUGGGAAAUUUCCCAUAGGUGUGCAUGUGUGAGUGACUGGUGUGUGAUUGUGCCCUGUGUUGGGUUGGUACCCCAUCCUGGGUUGUUCCCUGCCUUGCAACUAUAGCUUCCAGGGUAGGCUCUGGACCCCCUGCAAGCCUGAAUAGGAGAAGCGGUUGCAGAAGAUGGAUGGAUGGAUGGAUAGGUAAAGUUGUUGCCAAAUAUACCUAUUUAAUAACUAUCAUAUGUUGAUUGGAUGCCUUUUGAAGCAGCUGCUCUCUUUAUGCUGCAUCUGUGUUUAUCAUUACAGUUCCUUGCCAUCUGGUGGCACAGUGUGUCAGUGGGAAGCUCUUCUGUCUCAGUGGGUCGUGCUGUUGUGGUGGAAUCCCACCUCUGCGCUGGGUGUGCGGAGUGCGCUCGCUCACCAGUCUCUUCCUGGGGUUCUUCUUACAGUAGGAACACGCUGUUAGGUUUCCUGGUGUCUCUAAAUUGUCUGUAGUGCAUGAAUGUAUGUACUGCCUUGGAUAGGGUUCAGGACACCCCCACACCCCUGACCAGGAGGAUAUUCCACAAAGCAGAAUUCCCGGGUUAGCUGGAUAACUUAAGCCAAAUGUGUCAGAUGGCAGCAGGGGUGAGUGUCAUUCCUGUUGGACAAUCUCUGCAUUUGGCUUAAGUUAUCUGACUAAUGAGAAAAAAAUCUUGCUUUGGGGAAUACCCCCAGAAUCAUAGUAAUAAUAAUACUGAUAAUACAAGAUUAAGCACUUUUGAGGUAUGUAAGGUUAUGGCCCAUAGAUUUCUUAUUUGUAGGAGAAAGAAACAAUGCAGAUUAUUCUAUAUGGAUAAGAUGACCAAAUGGACCCUUUAUUAUUAUUAUUAUUAUUAUUAUUAUUAUUGCUUACAGAUGGCUUGGUGGAGAUCCUUGAAGUCCCAAAUGCACUUUACUUAACAAUCUCAUUCAGCCAUAAAGCUGCAUUAUAUAACAAAUGUAUAAAGAGUGGCCCAGUGGUCUGGUGGGUAAUAAAUUCCUCACAUCUCCAGGAUUGCGGGGGUUCAAAUCCUUCCCAUGCAUCCGUAUAAAUCUGUGUAACUGUGCGCUUUGAUGUUCUGCUGCAGUCUAAAUGCAAGUAGCAAGACCUGCUGGUGUCAUGGGCAGUUCUGCACUGGAAAAACAGUGGUUCCAUGGGCAUUUAUCUGGGCGUGAUGCCGAGAAGCUGCUUACAGACAAGGGCAGGUCCGGCAGCUUCUUGGUACGGGAGAGUCAGAGCAAACCUGGGGACUUCGUCCUGUCCGUCCUCACCCAGGAGGAGAAGCACGAAAAUUCAGAGCGCAGGACCCGGGUCACGCACGUCAUGAUCCGCUAUCAGGACGGGAAGUAUGAUGUUGGUGGUGGCGAGAGGUUUGACACCCUGGCUGACCUUGUGGAGCACUAUAAAAAAAACCCAAUGGUGGAAAAGAGUGGGAUUGUGGUGCACCUCAAGCAGCCUUUCAACGCCACCAGGAUCAACGCAGCUAACAUCGAGAACCGAGUACGGGAGCUGAACAAAGUGACCGAUAACUCGGAGAAGUCCAAGCAAGGCUUCUGGGAAGAGUUUGAGGUUCUGCAGCAACAAGAGUGCAAGCUUCUCUAUCCGAGGAAAGAGGGACAGCGCCUGGAAAACAAGAGCAAGAACAGAUACAAGAACAUCCUCCCCUUUGACAACACACGUGUGGUUCUAAAGGAAGUUGACAGAGACGUCCCUGGCUCAGACUACAUCAACGCCAACUACAUCGAGAGCAAACCCGAAGAAGGGCACUCUGCUGAUGAGUGCAAAGUCUAUAUUGCCACCCAAGGUUGCCUGCAGAACACAGUCGCAGACUUCUGGGAGAUGGUUUACCAGGAGAACACGCAUGUCAUUGUCAUGACAACCAAGGAGAUGGAGCGUGGCCGGAACAAGUGUGUGCGGUACUGGCCAGACAUUGACUCCACAAAAGAGUUUGGAAAACUGAGCAUUAGGAACACCAGUGAGUGUCCAGCACAGGAUUACAUCUUGAGGGAGCUGGAGAUCACGCGCCUGAACACGUGUGAAGCACCCAGAUACAUCUGGCACUAUCAGUACCUGAGCUGGCCAGAUCACGGUGUCCCUAACGAACCGGGAGGAGUUCUGAGUUUUCUGGACCAGGUGAACCGAACUCAAAAUGCACUUACAGAGACUGGGCCCAUAGUCGUCCACUGCAGUGCAGGAAUCGGAAGGACAGGAACUAUAAUUGUAAUUGACAUCCUCAUUGACAUCAUUAAUAGGCAAGGCUUGGACUGCGAUAUUGACAUCCCGAAGACCAUCCAGAUGGUGCGGAGGCAGCGCUCGGGCAUGGUUCAGACUGAGGCGCAGUACAAGUUCAUCUACAUGGCUGUGCAGCAGUAUAUCGACACAGCCCAGAAAAGGUUGGAGGAGAAACAGAGAAGUAAAAUGAAAGAGUGGGAGUGCUGUAACGUUAAGUACCCGCAGAUGACUAAUGCCAAGCUGAAUGCCAACAUGUCCGCAGGACGGCCCUCCUCCUCCGUGAUGAAUGACAGUCCAUCGGGAGUAUAUGAGAACCUGAAUAUUAAAAACCCAAAGGCCACUGGGCACAUCAGUACCCGGAGAUAAGACACAUGACUGCUGUCCAUCUCACGCCCUUACAGCGCUUCGUAGGUGCUGGUGCUUGUCACAGUGAUGGAUUCCUCACAUGAUGGAUGAUGGUGCCUGUUCUCUGACCUCCAAUAUCGCUGUGAUUUGGAAGAGGAGCAGAGGGUAUCGCGCUGCCCCCUGGUCAAUCAUGGAAAACAAACAAGAUUUCGUCCAACUCAGUCCCUCGCUGUCGCUUUUCUGUUGGUGCCUCACACCAUUGUUAGUGCUGUAACUGGCUUUUAAAUGCAAAUUAAGUGCCUCUCCGAGCAAAGUUCUAACGACCUUGACCUCAUUCUAGUCCACUCUGAUCGCACCUGUUUCUCCAGCCUGACUCUCACGUCCUCACUGGGUCAGGAGUGGCUUACUGGAAUCAGGAAGAUGUGUUACUGACCACCAACAUUUCAUGGACGGCUACUGGCUUUACUGGUCAUUCUUUUCUUGCUGAAUUUACUACUGUCUAAAUGUAUGAAUAUUUUUGUGUUUAUGUUGAGUUUGAAUAUAUUUUUAAUGUCGAUAGUUUAUCUACGGGAAGCAAAAGGAGUAGCAGACUUCUUCCGCUUUGUCUGCUUGGCCUCCUGGACAGAUCUGCCAUAACCAAAGACCUCAGACUUGAUGGACUUCCAAAUAUUGCGUAGGAUGUCUGUGUGGAAUCACAGUUUUGCACUUUUUGUGGGAUGAAUAUUGUUGUAUUGAUAGAGCGUAAUGAAGAUAUUUGUCAUUUUAUUUUGUAACCCUGUAAGGCACUGUAGACAUCGGAGUUUUUGUGUCUUGCCUCACCAAUAUCUCGGCCCCCACAGUGAUAUCCUGUUGCACUCACUGCCUUUGUCACUGAAGCCGUCUUUCUGCACCACUGACACCGACUUCCUGUGCCCCCCCCCCCCCGUGUUUUCAACUUCCUUCCUCUGUGUCAUUGACACUGAUUCACUGUGCAGUACACACCUUCCAUUUGUGUCACUGAUGUAGACUUCCUGAUGUAGACUUCCUGAUGUAGACUUCCUGAUGCAGACUUUCUGCACCACUGGCACAUUCUCCUUUUGGCACCAAAUGCCGGAUUCACUUUUUCUUCUACGGAGAAAGUGUAAUCUUUCCAGAAGGGCCUUAAUGAAACUUCCUUGAAUGCAUUCUCUUCUGGACGUUCCCCGUUAGCUCAGCAUAUAAACAGGCUCAGAAAUCUGAAUUAAUUCAGUAAUAGAGAAAAUGGAUGAAAGCUACGUCAUAAUAGCAAUGGAAAUAUUGAAAAUAAUUCAGCAUUUUAAACAUCCAAUGGAAAGCUUGGAAAUUAUUGUAGCUUUGCUACUAAGAGUCCUGCAUACUGAGCAGUAGGGGUCCAAUGAGAGAGCAGGAAAUACUGUCUAAUGCCUAAAAUAUGUUACUGCUACAGGAAACCUGGCGAGGGCUGUUUAUCUCUGAACUUUUGAUGUUGUCGUUCAGAGCCCCAUUCAUAGGAAUGGCACAUAAUGGAUUAUGUCAUAAUGCUGCAAAUUAUUUAUUAAUCUGCAUUACUUUACAUCAUAGUUGCAUAAUUUCAAAUGUGAUAUAUGGCUGACAAUAUGCAGGUUGUAUUAUUUAUUUAAAGGAUGAAAAAUAUAUAUGAUCCGUGUUAGAGAAAAUUGUUUUAUUUAUUAAUUUAUGAAUGAAUAGAGUAAUAUUGGAGACGACUGCAGCAGUUUUCAUUGCUGGGUGUUUUAUGAUCUUGCUUCCUGCCACAGGAAGAUUAAAAUGCUAUGCUUACAUUUUUGAAUAUGUAUUUUUAUAUAGCUCCAUUUAACUUGGUUUUAUUUCUAUAUCGGAAAGGUUGUUUUUUCACAGUGUCCAGGGGAUGUUGCUGAGCAGUGACUAUAGACGUGUGCAAAGGAGCAGGCAUCCAUUCUUGUACAUUGAGAAGAUCUUGUAGGGCAGACUUGCAUUCAAACAGACUUGCCCUCUCUAUAAAUGGAUAGCAUGACAAUGUGAAUUCUCUGCUGUCAGAAAUGAACUCUACAGACAUGAAUGUCUGGAAGACUUGGAGAGCCGUGAUGGAUGCCGGCCCUCCUAGUUUACAUUGAUUUGACAAUGAUGGAGUACUGGCUAGGGUGGAGGCUGAGUAUUGGUUGUGGGUGGAAGUGACAGGUAGUGAUGGGGAGGGCAGUAUUGCACUAUAACUGAGACACACAGGGGCUUUUUCUGUGUACUGAAGUCUUUGGGUAAAAUAGUGUAUAAUGAGCACUGUGAGUGAAAGGCAGAGGAUUUUCUACCUCUGUCACGGAGGAAGAGCUUAUCAGAAUUUUUUUUUUUUGAAUUUUUUUUUUGUUUGAAAACUUCGUAUUUUUGUACUUAAUCUCUGGAAUAAUAUGGCUCUGGUGGUAAAUGUGGAAAAACCAUAAAUACUUGAAAUGCUGUUUGUAUGGAGCUGUUCAGAAAUAUCUGCGAUAUAAUAACCUUUAGUGACCAGAAUGGCAGUGUUUACCAUGAAAGAGCAAUCUGAGUAAUCUACUUGGUAUUUGCUUGCCAGUGUCAAUUUUUAGAUAACAUUUGUUACAUUGUUACGAACAAAUGUUCAUUGAGUAGUAAAUUAACAUUUUUGUAUUCUUUAGCAAUGUUUUGACUCCAUCCCUGUUUUUAUUGUUAUUACUAUGAUCAUCAUUUUGUUGUUAUUAUUAUUAUGUUUGACAGGGACACUGCAUCUAGUUCAGGUACAGUGUCAUUGAAGCUAUCAGUAUGCAAUGCAAUCAGAUGCAUUUCUUUACUGCAUUUCCUUAAAGUUUAAUGGCAUAAUGUUUUUGUCUUGCCCUUACCUGUGGUUACCAUGUGUCUAUUCUGCACCGGGUUAUGCCAGUUGUCCUGUUCAACUGUCUGGCUCAGUCCACCAUGCCGUCAUGACUAAAACUGCAGUGUUACAGGUCAUGAAAGAUUAUAUUAAAUAAGUAACAUCAAUUAA